CAGGUGGACAUAUCCAAGAGGUAGCUAGAGCAAUUUACUGGUGUGUUGUUAUAUAGCUAAGCGGGAUAUUAAAAACGUGGUGUUGCUGUUUUAUCAGCAGGAGAUUAGGUGAUGGUGCUGAGGCUUCAAUCCGUUCUGGUCCUCUCCCUGUCGGGAGUGUUGGCUUUCCUAGGCCUGUGGUGGUACACCUCUCGGAAGAGAGAACAACCCACUGACAAGGAUAAGACGACCACAGACCAGGCGCACCUGUCCUCCUCUACCAGAGACAGAGGUAUCGGUGUUGUGGAGAACGGACACUCCACUGGGACAGAUCGGGACAGGUACGCAGUGAGGAAGAGGUUGUUAGUGGAACAGGAGCUUGUUGAUUGUACAAACACACAAGCGGCAGCAAAGCUGGGUAACGUCCCACUCUGCCAAUCACAACCGGAGGAAAGGGUUGUGGCUGCAGAGUGUCUGAGUAGAGGCCUCGAUACUGCUACUGUGAAACCCGUUACGGAGAGAACUGAGUCUUCAGCUCAAGUAAUCCCAGAGACUGCACCUAAGAGCCAAGCCCAGGAGGGACCUGAGAAGGCUUUAGCAUUACAAAGGAAACACCAGCCAUCCUCUGAUGAGGAACAAGUUUCCUCUAUCUUUGACCUAGGCUCUAAUCCUAACCCUGGUGAGAGUGCAGGCCUAAAGCCACACGCACUGCCACUCUCUGAGACGCUGGAGGACACUACAAACAGAAUUUUCAACAAAGAGGCUGCAGAGGAGGUUCGACUAGACCCAGGGGAGGUUAGACUGGACCCAGAGGGAGAGGUUGGAGAAGACAAGAUUACAUUUUGUUUUGCAGAGAUGAAGCCUCAAACCAAUCUGGCUGAGAACUGCCUCCUCUCCAAAGACAACCUAUCUAUCCUGGCUGCUGUGGAAGAACCAACCAGUGAGUUAAGUCUACAGGAUGACUCCUGUCUGGCUUCCCCCAUCAACCUCCUUACCAGUCAGGUGUCCCCAAGGCAGCCAUUGGGCAUUCUGAGGUCACCUCAGAAGAAAGACCAGUCUGAGGAGUGUGAACUUAGCAGGAGUAACACAGCGGAAAUUAACCAGCUGGCGUCAAGUCUGAUUACUGACGUGGUCUCAGUAGCAGUGAGUCAAGUCCUGAAGGAAAAGACCCUGCUAGAACAUAAUGUUGGGCCUCUCCGUAACAGGGACCCCUUCACAUCCCCAGAUAUCAUCUCAAUGGGUAACAGUGAGACUGGGAGAGAGAUGCCUGGUCUAUUGCAGGAAGAUCAGUGUUCAACAACUGGCAGGGAGAACAUAUGUUCAUCUCCUGUAGUCUAUGAGGAUGUGAAACAUGACUGCAGCAGUAGAGCUGAGACUGAGCAGGCAGAGCUAGCAGAAGAAGAUUCUGCAGUAAGUGAUUCUGGCUCCAGCUCAGGUCAUUCUGAGGAGAGCUCCAGUGGCGAGGACUCGAGCCCAAGUGUGAGCCCGCAACCACCCAGGGGACCCGCUGAAGGACUGUGGGCCACCAGCAUGGCCCUCCCUAACGGUCACAUGACAGAGGAGGUGGCUGUUCCAGGCUCUGGUGUGAACAGCAUGGACUCUGUAGACCGUUACGUUGAACACGAAGCCAGGGACAACCAGCAUAUCAACAGUCCAAGUCCGCUAAGUCAACUGCUGAACACCGAUCAGCAAAUUGAAAAAUACGUCCAGAGUUACAGCAGCCAGCCACCGACUGUUUGGGACAUAGAGGUGCCAAAGCAUCUUGUUGGGAGAUUGAUUGGGAAGCAGGGGCGAUAUGUGAGCUACCUGAAGGAGACAUCUGGAGCAAACAUCUUCAUCGCCACCCUGCCUUACACCCAGGAGUUCCAGAUCUGCCAUAUAGAGGGGUCAAAGGAGCAGGUGGAUUGUGCUCUGGAUCUGAUCAGGAAGAAGUUCAAAGAUCUGGAUGUGACCAGCUGUUAUGUCCAUCCUCCAGUGGCCAGCCUGCCCUCUCUCCCCAUCACAUCCUGGCUGCUGCUUCCCCAUAGGGUGACAGUUGAGGUAACCGUGAUCCAAGUAGCCUCUGGGAACUAUGUGUUCCUCCAGCAGCACACACACCCCACCUUCCAUGCUCUCCGCAGCCUGGACCAACAGAUGAGCUUGUGUUACUCUCACCCAGGGUGCCCUUCCUUGCCGGCCCCAGUGGAAGUGGGAGUGAUCUGUGCUGCCCAGAUGCCUGAGGGAGCCUGGUGGAGAGCGCAGGUGAUGGGUUACUAUGAAGAAACAAAGGAGGUGGAGCUCUGCUAUGUGGACUAUGGAGGCUAUGUCAUGGUGAAGAUCGACACCCUCCGCCAGAUCAGAUCAGACUUUGUUGCCUUGCCUUUCCAAGGAUCUGAGGCGAUCCUGGAACAUAUUGCACCCCUUCCAGGAGAAGAAGGGUUCUCCGCUGCAGCCAAAUCUGCACUGGAGGAAAUGACACAAGGAUUGCCACUACUUGCACAGGUCACAAACUGUCACACCAGUGGCAUUCCCUUGGUACAGAUAUGGAGAACUGAAGGAGAAGAGUUGGUGUCUGUGAACCGUGCUCUGGUGGAUAACGGACUGUGUAGCUGGGUAGACUGCCUCUGACUGUGAAGACCAAUCCUGGCCCUGUUUGGAUAGUUUUCAAAUGUAUCCUCUCUCCCUUUUAAGCACAGAUCUCUAAGGGAUUGGACAUGUGUGAGUAAGGUUACCAGCCCUAUUACCCUCACCAAUCUACCAAUUUAGAUCUGUGAUUACUUCUAGGAAGGAACAUUGGAUAUCUGAAGUAUUCAAACAUGGCCCCUGUCUUGCAGUCUUUCACCGUUCUACCCCCUCAGUACCAUCCUCUGGACUGCUGCCCUGUUGGGGCACAACAAUGUCUUCCUUCUCAACUCGACUGUUCAUGCUUGUUUCUUUAUCAUCAUGUACACUUUCUGAUGUAUUUAUUUGUGAAGUUUUAUUUACA